GCCUGAACCUUAACACAGCCACUUUGUCUCACGCGUAAAAAAAAAUGGGCUUUGGAGAGAUUCUGCUAACCAUUGGAGAAUUUGGAAUUUUUCAGAAGAGUAUUCUUUUAGCACUAACCUCCCCAAAUUCUUUACUGCCUAUAUGUUUUUCUAGUUUUCUUUUCAUCCAGCCAGAUCCGGCUCGGUAUUGUAACACCGACUGGAUUCUCAAGGCAGACGCUAACCUGACGUUGGAAGAGCAGCUGAACUUGACCGUUCCUCUGGAGCACAAUGGUUCUUUUAGCAGGUGUCGCAUGUUUGCUCCAGUGGACUGGGACAUCGAAACCAUUAAGCGGCGUGGACUCAAUAAGACCACAGUGUGCCAGAAUGGUUGGGUGUACACGGACCCCAUGUAUGAAGCCACGAUAAUCACGGAUUUUGAUCUCGUGUGUGACAGGUCCAACAUGGCUUCUGUUGUGCAGCCAAUCUUCAUGGCUGGUAUACUCUUUGGUUCAAUUAUUUUUGGGCCUAUACUUGAACCAUUUGGUCGUCUGAGAACCACACAGGUACCAGCAGUGGUCCUGUUCAUAUGCAUCACUGUGUCUGGUGUAUCUCCAAAUUUCUAUGUUUACAUUGUUGCGCAGUUCCUGGUUGGAUUUGGUCUUGCGGGCUAUCGAAUUAACUCGACUGUAUUAGCUACAGAGUGGUUAGGGAUGACCAAAAGAUCUUACGCCUCCUGUUUGAGCCAAAUGUUUGCAGCUCUGGGACAAUGUGUCCUGGCCGGACUGGUUUAUAAAAUUCGGAAAUGGAGAAUAAUACAUUAUGGACUGGCAGUAGUCUAUGGCAUUGUUGCCAUCUACAUUUGGUGGAUUCCAGAAUCUGUCAGAUGGCUGCUGAGUCGAGGAAGAAUGGAGGAAGCAAAGAGGUUGGUCAGGAAAGUUGCAUCUAUAAAUAAAAAGGAAAUCUCUGAGAAUAUGCUCAACUGCAUGGGACAAGAGAAAGAAGAAACACAAACUGGAGUGAUCAAGAUCAUAUUUACCACGACGAUUUUACUCAAAUAUUUGUUCAUUGUGUGUUUUGCAUGGUUUUCAGUAAAUCUCGGCUACUUCUGCCUUAUCCUCAAUGUGGGCAAGUUUGGUUUGGACAUCUUCCUGGUUCAGUUCAUCUUUGGCAUUUCGGAAAUUCCCGUCCACCUCCUCUGCAUUUUGGUCUUGGAAUUGCUGGGGAGAAAGAUCUCAUUUAUUUUAACACUUUUGACCGGUGGCUCUAUUUGCUUAUUGACCCUGGCUUUCUCGCAAGACAACACCAUUGUUAUUAUGGCUCUUGUGACCACAGGGAAGUUCUUUUUGAAUGGGGCUACAUCAGUAUGUAUGGUGUACUCUCAAGAGCUCUUUCCCACUUCAGUUAGGCAAACAGCUGUCGGCUUUGGAGCCAUCGCCAUGAGAGUGGCCGGACUGCUAGCUCCACUGCUCAACAUGUUGGCCGUAUACCACGUGUCCAUUCCAAUCAUUAUUUUCAGCAGCCUCACAGUGUCCAGUGCAGCGCUAGCUUUCCUUCUUCCUGAAACCAGAAGAAAAGAACUGCCUGAGUCUACCAGUGAGGUCCAGGACAAUAGAAAAUGUACAAAGAAGACAGGAAGUGACUUAAGUCUGACUCUACAAAAGAGAAAAGCUACCAAACUUUAAUGUAUGCUUUCUUGUGUGUCUACAAGGUAACAAUAUUAUAAGCACAUGACUACAUGAUUUGAUUUGGAUGAUCCUGUACUCAGACUAAAUAAAUUGACUGAGAGACAUAUAUAUUUUCACCUUGUGCAAAUAAUGUGAUCAAAAUAAUAAAGAUGAGUAUAGUGUG